UCGCUUUAAGACGUUGUUGCAUGGAGAAGCUAGUGAUUUUCCACUCAAACUGAUAUUAAAGUCGAGCCGCUUCACAGAGCGUCAUGGUCACGCGGGAAAAUUGGCUUAAUUUUUUCAAUCAACGCUGAACGUGAAAGACUUAACGAGGAACACGCAGCUCCACUUACAGCAUGGCCCAAAAAGAGAAGCUUCAAUGCCUGAAAGACUUCCACAAGGACACACUGAAACCCUCACCAGGGAAAAGCCCAGGCACACGGCCCGAAGACGAGGCCGAAGGCAAGGCCCCCCAGAGGGAGAAGUGGGCCAGCAAGCUCGACUUUGUUCUGUCUGUGGCUGGAGGCUUCGUCGGAUUAGGAAACGUCUGGCGAUUCCCUUACCUUUGUUAUAAGAAUGGUGGAGGUGCAUUCCUCAUCCCUUACUUCAUCUUCCUCUUUGGGGGUGGCCUGCCUGUCUUUUUCCUAGAAGUGGCACUGGGCCAGUACACCUCUGAGGGUGGGAUCACCUGCUGGGCCAAACUCUGCCCCAUCUUCACAGGAAUUGGCUAUGCCUCAAUCGUGAUCGUGUCCCUGUUGAACAUCUACUACAUAGUGAUCUUGGCCUGGGGACUCUACUACCUAUUUCAGUGCUUCCAGCCUGAGCUCCCCUGGGCCAAAUGCAAGCAGCCCUGGAACACAGAACACUGUGUGGAGGACACUGUCCGAAAGAACAAGACCCUUUGGCUGGCUGCCAAUGUUACCAACUUUACCUCCCCUGUGACUGAGUUCUGGGAACGCAACGUCCUGAGCAUCUCCUCUGGGAUUGAGGACAUUGGGCCCCUGAAGUGGGACCUUGCCCUCUGUCUAUUAGCUGUGUGGGUUAUCUGCUUCUUCUGCAUCUGGAAGGGAGUCAAGUCCACUGGAAAAGUCGUGUACAUAACAGCAACUUUCCCAUUUGUGAUGCUGAUUGUGCUGUUGGUGCGUGGAGUCACCCUGCCUGGGGCAUCGGAGGGCAUCAAAUUCUACCUUUAUCCUAACCUGACUCGCCUGCAGGACCCAGAGGUGUGGAUUGACGCAGGAACCCAAAUUUUCUUCUCGUAUGCCAUUUGCCUGGGCGCCAUGACAUCACUGGGGAGCUACAACAAAUACAAAUACAAUUGCUACAGGGACUGUUUGCUGCUGGGAGGCCUCAACAGCGGUACCAGCUUUGUGUCUGGCUUCGCAAUAUUUUCCGUCCUGGGCUUCAUGGCACAAGAACAAGGGGUGGACAUUGCCGAUGUGGCAGAGUCAGGUCCUGGUUUGGCCUUCAUUGCGUACCCUAAAGCAGUGUCCAUGAUGCCACUGCCAACCUUCUGGGCCAUUCUCUUCUUUAUCAUGCUGCUGCUACUUGGUCUUGACAGCCAGUUUGUUGAAGUGGAAGGACAGAUCACAUCCAUAGUGGAUCUGUAUCCGUCCCUCCUGAGGAAGGGUUACCGGCGGGAGAUCUUUAUAGCCAUCAUGUGUUUCUUGAGCUAUCUCCUUGGACUCACCAUGGUAACUAAAGGUGGCAUGUAUGUGUUUCAACUCUUUGACUACUAUGCAGCCAGCGGUGUGUGCCUUUUGUGGGUUGCAUUCUUUGAAUGCAUUGCUGUAGCCUGGGUUUAUGGAGUUGAUAAUUUCUAUGAUGGAGUCGAGGAUAUGAUUGGAUACCGACCAAACUCGUGGAUGAAAUGGAGCUGGACCAUCAUCACACCAGUCCUCUGCAUGGGCUGUUUCGUCUUCUCCCUGGUCAAGUACAAGCCUCUGACCUACAACAAAAUAUAUGAGUACCCUGACUGGGCCAUCGGCCUGGGCUGGUGUUUGGCCUUGGCCUCCAUGAUCUGCAUCCCCAUGGUGAUGGUCAUCAAGAUCUUACAGUCUGAGGGACCCCUCAUUGAAAGGAUCAAAGCGGUGGCGGCCCCAGCGAAGUCAGGCGUGAGCUCCCGGCCCAAAGAGUACAUGGCCAAGGAGAGUGAGCUGACGCAGCCCCUAGAUCCCAACGGGAACAACGGCUUGAUCAAGCCCACCCACACCAUUGUAGAAACAACCAUGUGAACGCUCUCUGUGAGAGGAAUACGAUUGAUGUGCUUUGUGUUCUUGCUAACGUUGAUAGGUUUACAUUGACCUGCAUAUUCACCUUUAGAGAUCCUGUGGUUUCAUAUCUAUGAGGGGAAUUAUAUAUUGAUGUAAUUUUAUCUCUUGAUUUAUUUUUUUUUUACCAUAUCAAUAUUGUUAAUGUCGCAACUGUUGUUGUAGUUGGCACUGAUCUUAAGCUGUAUUUUGACAUAGAACAUGUUAUAUGUUUACUACCUUUCUUCUUGUUGAUUCCGAAGCGAUUGGGGAUUUUUUGGUUGGACAAAGAAGGAACGAUAAAAUUCUUGCUUCUCUUAAAUUCUGCAAACAUAACUUGUUAAAAAAAAAGGUAGCUGACGUGUGAACAAUCUGCAGGUGCCUGCGGCCGCUAUGUUUCUGGUACUAACUCAUCUUCAUCUUGCAAGGAAGACAUGCACCCAUUCAUGUUGAUAGAGAGCCCAUCUGUCAGAGCACAUAUCCUAUACAGUAUAUAUAACAUGGACAUUUUAAUAUGCAGCAUGUAGACUUGCUUGACCUUGCUUUGACAUUAAGGCACUGGCCAAAUACAACAAUAAAUGCAUUUACAUGAAGGUUCAUCUUCAAGAACAAAUAUAAAUAAUCACAAUGCAGGGGAAGAAUGUGCAGUGAAAAGGGAAAUGGCAUUUUAGAGUAUUUGUACCCUGCCUGUGUGACUGAAAGUCAGCCCUAGUGCAUUUUUUUGGAGACCUCUCUGCACUUUAUUGCUGUUUCACCUUUAUUGUAGUGUUUGUUUUUAUUGUUGCAAGGUGUUGCUUUAGAAUUUGCAGCACAUUUCAGCAGAAAGUAUUUUACCAUGUAACUUUUUGACAUAAUUCAUCUUAAUAAACCUUGUCUAUAGAACGUGUCUCUGAUGGCACAAAGUAAAAAAAGAACCUAAAUGAAUACACUCUGACAGCUCUCACGUACUCAUUUUGUGCUUGUUUCAAAUUGUUAACGGUGACUUUAUCAAGUUGUACAGUAGAAUAGCAGUUGUUGUAAAUCACAUAUGCCUUUUGUAACAAUUUUGUACUUCAUACAAACACCAUGACUGGUUUAGCGACAACUCAGAAAUGAUCAUUUGCGUAGUGCAAUAUUCAAUGUAGGAAUUGCAACUUUUGAACGUUUAAUGUCGAUUCAUCUGAAUUAAAUGCAGUAAAUGAAUGAAAUGAAAUGCAACACUGUAUUCUCAAAGGCAACGACUCCAAACAUAAUGUGCUGGAUCCACCACAGCUUCGUCCAUUCAAAAUCUAAAUGUACCAAAGUAUAUUUGUCACAAAUCUGUAUCUUUUCAGAUGCACGUUGCAUCAUUUCCAUAUAGAGUACAAAUAAACAGUUUUUCUUUGGA